AUUAACCUUAUUAUUACCCUCUUUGUUAAUUCGCUUCUGGCUACAAUUGUAAUUGUAAUCGCCUUCUGACUACCUCAACUAUACCUGUAUUUAGAAAAAUCCAGCCCUUAUGAGUGUGGUUUUGACCCCUUAGGAUCAGCACGACUUCCUUUUUCCAUAAAAUUCUUCUUAGUGGCUAUUACAUUCCUACUAUUUGACCUAGAAAUUGCCCUCCUUCUCCCUCUGCCAUGAGCAAUUCAACUCCCUACCCCUUAUACCAUAUUAACUAUAUCCUACUGCUUAAUCCUAUUACUCACAGCAGGCCUAGCCUACGAAUGAAUUCAAAAGGGGUUAGAAUGAGCUGAAU